CGAAGAGAUAACGCGACCCGGAAAAGGUUUGUAACGUUGGUGGUAAUGUGAAAAGUGUGCAAAUAGUGCCAGUGAACACUAAUAAAUAGUGAAUAAAAACAUAAUAAUACAUAAAUAAAAACAAUGACAAUUUAUACUAUGCAAACGCGUACAAAAUGAAGACAACGUUCAAAAAAUUACUUUAAAUAAUGCCAGUUUUGAGAAAAAGGGCCAUAGUGGAUACUAAGGGUCUGUAUGUACACAGUAGCCCUCCUAGAGUUUUGAGUAUGAGCGCUGCUCAUAUUAAACAUCUGAUUCGAAAUGGUGACAUAGACAAGUUGGAACAGAUCGUUUUGGAAGGUCAAGGAAAAAAACUUGUAGGAGAAUACUCGGCGGAUUACAAGACAAGGAUGUUCUUGAAAUCUGUGCCAGCUCUUAUGUCCAAAAUAUCUCAACUCCACGAUUCUGUGAAUAGCGAUAGACUGACAGAACUACAGAGUAUUUUAGACGAAGAACCGGAAAAAAGGAAAAGGCUAGUGAUGGCCAAAGAUGAAAGCGGUGUUGGUUUACUGCACAAGGCUAUUUACUACGACUUGAAGGCCAUCUACAGGUGGUUGCUGGAUAAAUUCCCCCAAACUGUAGCUAUGAGAGACUCGGAAGGUAGAACUCCAUAUUUUUACUCUUUGCUCUGCAAAGAUUCGAAUACUGUACAGAAGCUUCUGGUAGCAGCCGGUGCCGAUCCAUCUGCUGUAGACUAUAGACAACACUCUACCAAAUACUAUACGACUCAUUUACAAGAGCUGGAGUUACCUAGUGGCCCAAAAACGACGACUACUUCGAGAAAAAGCACAGCCAACAAAGAAAGCCUCAACUUUAAAAAAUCCAACAUCAGGAUAUGGAUUCAUCAGAGGAACUUAGCAAAUUUGCAGCAGGUAGUCUGGGAAGGGCACGGUUCAAGGUUGUUGGUAGAACACAGCAAUAAUCCACGAGUUAGAAAGUUUUUGGAAGCAGUACCGUUUAUUAUGGGAUUUAUUAAAGAUGUACAUUGUGAUGUCCAAAAUGGAGAUUUGGAUAGCCUGAGGAACAGAAUAUCACCGCCUGCACCUAUAAAUAUUCUGACAGCCAAGGAUUCUAAUGGUCUUACACCAUUGCACAAAGCAGUUGGUUUGGGAAAAGAAGAUAUAGCCAAAUACAUAGUUCGAGAAGUACCGCACAGUAUAAAUGUAACAGAUAAUGAAGGUCGUACCGCUUUACAUUAUGCAGCGGUGCUCAAAGAUGACGGAAAAAUGUUCAAUUUCUUGAUUGAAAACGGAGCAGACGAAUCCACACUAGAUAACCGACAAAAAACGGCAGCUUACUACAAAACCAGAGCUUCGGAAAUGGACACUAAACUACUAAACGUGGUACCAGAUUGUCCCAGAGGUGCAAGGGAACCAAAUGGCUUCGAUUGGAACAUGCUGGCAAGCAUAGCUUCGUCAGCACCAAUCAACGGCUUGAUUAAGAAAGUAUCUGAAUCAGUAGUGAAUGGUCUUAAAAAAGCACAAACGGAAGAGAAUAAAUCCGAAGAAAAACCUGAUGACGGAGGCAAAGAAGACACCGAAACUGAGGAUGUCUUGGGAUCGGAGGUCGGUGAAGCUGAACCGGUUGUAGAAGGACAAGAGCAAAGUAUUGAAGGUGGCUCAUCUGAAACAGACCAAACUCAGCCUACUGAAGCCACUGAACCCAUACAGGACGAACCCGAACCCGAAGAACCUCCUGCUGAAGUUUCGGAAACCGAACAACCCGAAGAAAACGACGAGGAAACUAAAGAACCUGCUGAAGAGACUGAACCACCUAAUGAAGAUCCUGAUGAACCUAAUAACGAUACUGAAGAGCCUAACGAAGAAGCUGAAAAAGUCGAUGAUGGUGAUAUCACUGAAGCUGAUAAUGAAGAAGAUAAAAAUGAGGAAGAAAGUCCUCCAGAUGAUGCAGGUGACGAAAACAAUAAUAAAUCUGAAGAACCUGAAGAAAAUAAUGAAGAAAAACGUCAAGACACUCCCAUACCCACCAGCAGACCAACUAGUAAGAUUUCUAGGACAUCCAGCGCCGCAAAAAGUCGUCCAGCCACGGGCAGUCGACCUGGAACAGCUCAGGAUUCUGGAAUAGCAUCCAACGAGAUCACUAGCGAGGACAAAGAGGAAGAACAAAACCAGGAAGAUGAAGUAAAACCAGAUAUUGAAGGUGAAGGCGUGAUAGAAGGAAUAGUAAACGGAGAACAUGAAAUAGAAUCUGUGAACAACGCAGGUCAAAACAGACCCAAUACUGAAGAUGUUGAAGAUAUCAGAGCCAUUAUAGACUCAGGAAACAUGGAACAACUGGCAGCACUGGUUCUAAAUGGUGAAGGUGAACGUCUAGUUGGACAAAAAUGCGAUAACCAGGAGUUACAAACUUUUCUGGACAACGUACCAGUCUACAUGUCAAAAAUUCGGCGGAUUCACAUAGCAGCUCGCGAAGGGAGUCUCAGAGACCUCCAAGCAGCGUUGGACAGGCGUAAGUUUGCAGUGGCUCGUGAUAAUGUCUCGCCAAAUGGUGCUUCGCCUCUACAUGUUGCAGUGGCCUUUGGUCGUACUAGUGUAGUACGGUACUUGGCUGGAAGGUUUCCAGAAACGGUACAUAUAGAAGACGAAAAUGGGCGUACACCUUUACAUUAUGCGGCAGUUUUGAAGGAUAAUGGGCAUUAUUACAAUUUACUGAUACAUUUAGGAGCAGAUAAUAGAAUAAAAGACAAGUUCGGCCGUACGUCAGAUUUCUACCUAAAGAACCAAUCAGACUUCAAUCAUAGGCAAAUUUUGACAGAUUUUGGUGCAGAAAACGAAGUUGAAACCAUUCUCAAUGACAGGGAAGAUGUGCCUGACCAAUCAGACGACAACAAUCAAGUUGACAUGCCUUUUUUCGCCACAGAAGAAGGGCGGUAUCUCGCCUCAUCGCUAGGAGAUCCCUUGAUCAAAGGUUUAACCGAGGUAGCCAAUAGACGCCCUGAUGACCCUAUAGCCUACCUAGCGACCUAUCUGUACAAUUUUGCACGCAGUAGAGAUGGACCUUCAGGUUCAGACCAAAAUCAAGAGCACCAAAAUCAGUACCGUAGUCGAAGAGAUAUGGGUGAAGAUGGCGUUAGUAACAUGCAAAUGGCGACGGGAGGCAGAGUUCCGGUUAAUAUUGACGUAGUGACGGUUGAACCGGAAGAAAAUGAGGGACGGACAGAAAAUAACAACGCUAGUAGAGAUGAGCAUGGUCAAAGUAUGUUGCACUUCGCUGCCGCCAGAGCUCACGGUCGCAACGCCCUCUUCCAGCUGCUUUUAGAAACAGAUAUCAACAUAGCUUACAGGGACGAACUGUAUAGAACAGCUAGAGAUAUUAGCAUCCAGGCGAAUAUUCCAGCUAACACAACGGAGAUAGACAAAUAUAUACUGCACAUAGCCAAACAAGGUGAUACAAAUAAACUGGUGAAAUUACUAUUGGAUGGUUACGAUCACAUAACUGACGUAGUGGAUGAGGAUGAAACGCCCAUCAUUGAAGUGGUCUCCAAAGAGAAACAGACAGAAACAAUGUCAUUCUUACAGUCCAUUCUAGCUUUUGAAGAAAAACGUGAAAGAGUUCAUCAUGCCAUUAGACAAGGUUCGAUAAACGAUGUCAUGAGUAUGUUGGCAGACGAAAAUGACACUGGCAGUGGUAAACUACUAGCUAUAGGAAAAAAUAGUUAUGGAAGAUGCUCCUUGCAUAUCUCUGUUUUGUGUCAACAGGAAGAAAUAGUCGACUAUUUGGCGAAUACUUUUAUAGACACCUUGAAAAUUGGUGAUAAUUUGGAGAGGACUGCACUCCACUACGCUAUGGGUGUGGAGAAGAUGGAGACCAUAACCAGAGUUUUGAUCAAGGCUGGAGCCAAACGAGUGGUAAAAGACCUAAAAGGGCGUCAACCCACUUACUAUUUUCUCAACAAGUCAGAUAUUCUACGUCUCCAAGAAGAGGAAGAAACUUUUUAACAGUAAUUUAACUUAAACAUACAAGAUUUGUAUCAAUAUUAGAUCCUAAAAUAGGUAGAUAAUUUUUAAUGAGAGGGCUUAAUGAACACCCCUGUAUAACUCUGCUAUAUAAUAAUUUUAUACACGGGGUGGCCCAUUAGUGCGAGGAAGAGUGUAGGAAAGAAGAAUGUUUCAUAAUGCGUGUCAGUAUUAUAUUGCUCUUUCAAAGUAAAAUUUCAGGCAAAAAUCAUUAGGAGGCUUUCAUAAAAAAUUACUAUUUUGAUAGCAAUAUCUAUUAUAAUAGGAAUAUAAUACAACAUAUAUUGUUGCAAAACGCUUUUUAAAUUUAGGAACACUUUAAAUACAAAAAAAUGUUCAUUUUUUAACUUUGCAUCUAAAAGAAAAAU